AAUCAACUGAAUCCUGCCAUCCUGGAGCCACAGCUAUUAAAACAACCAACGUGGGUUUGGUUGCAGCAAAGUCAAAGAUAAGAAACAAUGGCCACUGGUUUGAGGAACAUCGUACUCUCCAUUGUUACAUUGCUGGCUGCCCUGUUCAUUCAGUACUCUUCCGGGUUCCAAUCCACUCAUCCCUCACGAACUUCUCCAGAUCGAAUCUUAAUGAUGCACGGGUACCUGCCUCGUCGAAGCAAUUCCAGACCAGGAAGACACGGAUGAUCUUUCCAUGGACAAAUCGUUGCAGACAUGGUUCUGAUUCUUCUGAGUUGAAAUGUUAAAGGUUCUACUUUGUGUGUCCAUUUGCAGUUGCUCUUGUAAUUGUACAAAGGAUGAAGUCAAGUUUCAUCUACUUUACUUGGUUAUUU